AUGAUUCUUCCUCUACUCCUAUGUGUGGCAGCAGCGGCCGCUCAGCAGGCCGUGUAUGGUCAAUGCGGAGGUUCGAGCUGGACGGGUGCAACAACUUGUGCUAUAGGAAGCACUUGUGUUUACCAGAACCCAUACUAUAGUCAGUGUCUUCCGGGAGCAGUUAGCAGUACUUCAAGCUCGAAGACAACAACAAGUGCUCCAAUAACCUCGAAAACGUCUACAACAUUAACAACAAAAGUAUCUUCGACCUCGACCUCUACUACAAAAAGCCCCACAUCGACUGCAGCCGUAGAGUAUUUCAUAACUUUUGGCGACUCAUACUCCCAAACAGGCUUUGAUCCGACCCUGACCCAACCCGCUGCUGGCAACCCCCUUGGAAAUCCCAAUCUUCAAGGUUACACGACCACCGGCGGGUUCAAUUGGAUUGGGUAUCUCGUUGAAACUUACAACAAUACGCUCAUGUUGUCAUACAACUUUGCUGCGGGAGGCGCAACUACUAACGCAUCGCUUGUUGCACCAUUUGCAACCACCGUACUAUCCUUCAUUGAUCAAGUAGACCAGUUUGUUCAAUACAUUCCAUCUGGGCCUUGGUCCUCUGGCAAUACGCUUUUUGGCAUUUGGAUAGGUGUUAAUGAUGUUGGAAACGCGUGGUAUGUUUCAAAUUACACGACGCUACUCGGUCAGAUCAUGGAUUCCUACUUUACAGAAAUCCAGCGACUCUACAAUGUGGGAGGCCGGAACUUUCUGUUUUUAACCGUUCCGCCAACCCAAGAUAGCCCUCUCUUCAUAGCUGAAGGGACAGCUGUGCAAGCUUCUCUGGCGACCGCUAUAUCUCAAUAUAAUGCGGCUUUAGCUUCACGCGUAGCAGCAUUCAAAGCUGCAAAUGCUGGGUCUAAGACCUGGGUAUAUGAUACCCAAGCUCCUUUCCUAAACGCAAUCAACAACCCUACAGCGUAUGGCUCGGCCGAUGCCACCUGUAUAAAUGCGGAUGGUGUUAGCUGUUUAUGGUGGAAUGAUUAUCAUCCUAGCCAGAUCGUUCACAAACUAGUUGCACAAGGGGUUGCCUCACUCUUGAAAGGUAUAUUCUGGUAG